AUGGCUACAUCGGUCGCGCCUGAAGCGCUCCCCCCUGCGGGUACGUACAACGUAUAUACAGCACGUGCUGAGGAAGAGGACGAUGAAUUAGAAGAAGGGAAGAGGCGACUCGCUAAUCCCCGAAUGCCUAUAGCGGAUCGCCAAUACAACUUUGAGCAAGCCGUUGCUUACGCCAUCAACCUGUGGCCCGACCUCAACUUGGCCGUCCAGAACAACUGGGGAGGGCCCGACUCGGCCGACAAGCGCGACUUCCUCGUCGGCGCCAUCGUCGACCUCUUCGCCGAGUACACGGAUGCGCCGCCGGAUCCCAAGAAGAAGACGGUCGAGGAGCCCAACGUGGAGGACGUCGAGACGGUCCUCUUGCAGUACAUCAUGGAGGAGUUCGAGGUCAACAUUGACGACGACUCGAGCGUCGACGUGGCCAGCCAGAUCAUCCGCGCGCGCGCCCAGUGCACCGAGGGAAAGACGGAGGAGCUCGACGUCCUGAGGGAGCGCUACAACAACCGCAAGGGCAAGGGUACCGAGAACUUCAAGAGGGUCGAGGACGCCGAGCAGGAUACCGACUGGGAGACGGACGACGAUGACGACGACGACGAUGACGACGACGAAGGUGGUGCCGAUGUGAAUAUGGACGAAGCUCCGCAGCUUGUCCGACAGCCCAAGCCCGAACCCGAGGUAGAUGAGGAUGGCUUCACAAAGGUUACCAAGAAGAGGUAG